UCGGUUAGCUCAAUGUCGCUCUUCCAGUCAGCCCCACGGUGCUGUCGGUAAUGUGAUCUUAUAACAUGGUCAAGUCCUGUCCCUGGAGCGACAGUCCGGCUUCAAACGUCAACGGGGAAACAACUCUUCUCCUUUCUCCUGAAACGCGCGAUUUGUAAUUGUGGAGUGGUGGAAAGUGUGUUGUUGUUCUACGUCGUCGAGUGUAUUCUAAUCUCUGAAGUGUGUGACAGGUGUUUUAUACCAGUUUUUCUGGAAGAAAGAAUUGAAGAGAUGACGACCCAGUACAAACAAACCAAUACCAAUGGAUUAACGGCCCGGAAUUUGAACGUGGCUGUUGUCGGGGGAGGACUGGUUGGCUCUCUAUUUGCACUCCACCUCGGCAAGAAAGGACACACCGUAGACCUGUAUGAGUACAGAGAAGACAUUCGCACGGCCGAACUGGUCAUCGGCCGGAGCAUAAAUUUGGCACUGUCAGCCCGCGGGCGCAAGGCACUGGCCGAGGUGGGCCUGGAGGACGCCCUCCUGCAGCAUGGCAUUCCGAUGCGGGGCCGCAUGUUACACGAUCUGCGGGGAAACCGUAGGAUUGUGCCGUACGAUGCCAACACCAACCAGUGCAUCUACUCGGUGGGACGUAAGCAUCUGAACGAGGUGCUUCUCGAUGCGGCUGAGAAGUACCCGAAUAUCAAUCUUCAUUUCAACAAAAAACUUCAAUCGGCCAAUCUGGAUGAAGGGGAGAUGAGUUUUGUUGAUCCGACGACGAAGGAAUCGACCCAAACCAAGGCCGAUCUGAUCGUGGGCUGCGAUGGAGCUUACAGUGCUGUUCGCAAGGAGAUCGUCAAACGUCCGGGUUAUGAUUACAGUCAGACCUACAUCGAGCAUGGUUAUCUGGAGUUGUGCAUCCCGCCGACCAAGGAUGGAGAUUUCGCGAUGCCUCACAACUUUUUGCACAUUUGGCCCCGGGGAAAGUUCAUGAUGAUCGCACUGCCCAAUCAGGAUCGCACCUGGACGGUGACGCUGUUCAUGCCGUUCACCAACUUUACCAGUAUUAAGUGCGAUAGCGAUCUGUUGGAGUUCUUCCGCACGUACUUCCCGGAUGCGAUCGACCUGAUCGGGCGAGAGCGGCUGAUAAAGGACUUUUUCAAGACCAAGCCGCAAUCGUUGGUGAUGAUCAAGUGCAAGCCGUACAACGUGGGCGGUAAGGCGGUGAUCAUUGGUGAUGCGGCACACGCCAUGGUUCCCUUCUAUGGACAGGGGAUGAAUGCCGGGUUUGAGGAUUGUAGCGUGCUGACCGAGUUGUUCAACAAACAUGGCAGCGACAUCGAUCGGAUACUGGCUGAAUUCAGUCAGACACGGUGGGAAGAUGCGCACUCGAUCUGCGAUCUGGCCAUGUACAAUUACGUGGAGAUGAGAGAUCUGGUAACCAAACGUUCAUAUCUAUUCCGGAAAAAGCUGGAUGAAUUGUUGUACUGGUUACUGCCGAACACCUGGGUCCCACUGUACAACUCAGUAUCGUUCUCUCACAUGCGCUACAGCAAAUGCAUAGCGAACCGGAAAUGGCAAGACAAGAUUCUUACUCGCGUCCUCUAUUUCUCCUCCAUCGCCACCGUUGCAGCUGCCGGCUAUCUUGGCUACAAAUACGGAAGCAUGGAUCUCGUGCAACACUACAGCUCUUCCGUACUACAGCUUCUUAGGCUAAAAUGAAACACUCAUUUCCUCUUUUAACAACAGUAUCUUUACAAUAAUCAACCCUACAAUUUCUACAGAAAAAAACAAUUGGUGGAAAUGCUAACUCUACAAACUUUCUUUGUAUUACUUUACUGCAAUAAACUAGAGAUGAUAACCAGUGAUGACUUUAAAUAAACGUGCAAGUGGAGCAUGC